UCCGGCGGCGAUAAUAGUUGUACCAGGAGGCACGUGCAGGAGCGUUUUGAAAAAAAAAAACAAUAUCAUUCUGCUACUAUUCCUGCUCAUAAGUACGUAUCUACAGCCAAGCGAAAAAGUUUUAAAAGAAACCCAGUGUCUUGUAAAAAAGCUGCAAAAUGCUAAAGGCGACCACAUCCGCGGCCGCUAAGCCCCAAGGCAACAACAAAAAGCAGAAAAGGGAAAAUAACGGCACAGCUAAAGACAAGAAGAAGCCCAAUCUAGAUAUAGAAACUACUGAUUCCGAUUCUGAUAUGCACAUCGACGUGACCAAGGGUCCAUCAACAUCCAGCAACGCAGCCGCCAAGACCGCAGAUCGCAAGCGACGUGUUCAGGCCGAGGCGGACGCCAACAAUAAUGAUACCGAAAAAGCCAGUAAGUUGGCCAAGACUUCGGUAGCUACUACUGAUAUGGACCCCUUCCUGACCAGGAAGCAGUAUAAGUAUUACAAGAAGGUGCAGGCCCUUUUGGCCAAACACGCUGAAAAGGAAUCUACCGAAAAUGCCAGUAAAAUGACCAAGACUUCGGUAGCUACUACUGAUAUGCACCUCUUCAUGACCAAGCAUCAGAUUGAGUAUUACAUGAAGGUGAAGGCCCUUAUAGCCAAAUGCGCUGAAGAGGCAUCUAAAGUAUUCGACGAUGGCACCGGUCCAUCAACAUCCAGCAAGGCCGACGCCAAGACCGCAGAUCACGAACAACGUCUUCAGGCCGAGGCGGACGUCAACAAUAAUGAUACCGAAAAAGCCGGUCAGUUGGCCAAGGAAUCGGUAGCUACUACUGAUAUGCACCUCGACGUGACCAAGGAGCAGAUGGAGCAUUGCAAGAAGGCGGAGACCCUUUUGGCCAAUGAAUCCAAACGCGCUGAAAAGGAAUCUAAAGUAUUAGACUAUGGCACCGGUCCAUCAACAUCCAGCAAGGAAGUCGCAGCCGCCAAGACCGCAGAUCACGAACGACGUCUUCAGGCCGAGGCGGACGUCAACAAUAAUGAUACCGAAAAAGCCGGUCAGUUGGCCAAGGAAUCGGUAGCUACUCAAGGAGCCAGCGCAACCGAACGCAAGCAAGCAUUUAGUCUGGGACUGGAGCACACCUCGCCGAUCCAGGUUAAUGGCGCGGCUUUGGCCUGCCCGUUGGUGCGCAAAUCGCUGCCCCCAGGGGAGGCCAAUUCCUGUCCUCCGCCGCCCAAAAGGGACCCAGCAGCCGUGAAGUCAGCAGUUAAAAUAAUUAAGGUUAAAGCCCCCGAAGAGGGCAAUAAUAACAAUGAUGAAAAGGAGAUGUCAACCGAAACAUCAGAAACUCACAAAACCGACAGCGUCGAAGAGGGUCGUCGCGUCCUGAAGUGGAUAAUCUUUCCGAUCAAAACUAAAAUCUUCUUUAAAGACUUUUGGGAGCAAAACGCCUGCCUGGUGCAGCGCACGAAUCCCAAAUACUUUCAAAGUCUAAUAUCAUUCAAGAUGCUUGACGAAAUACUGAUUCGCCAUCAUUUGGACUUCACCGUCAACCUGGAUGUGACCACUUACAAGAACGGCAAGCGUGAGACAUUGAAUCCUGAGGGUCGUGCCUUGCCACCAGCUGUGUGGGGCUUCUAUUCGGAAGGCUGCAGCAUUCGUUUACUGAAUCCUUCUGCCUAUCUAACUCGCUUGCGUGAGGUGUGCACCGUUUUGCAGGAGUUCUUUCAUUGCAGUGGGGCAAAUAUGUACCUAACCCCACCCAAUAGCCAGGGCUUUGCGCCCCAUUACGAUGACAUCGAGGCCUUCGUUAUCCAAGUGGAGGGACGCAAGCGCUGGCUUUUGUACGAGCCGCCCAAGGAGGCCGAUCAUCUGGCCAGGAUCUCGUCGGGCAACUAUGAUCAAGAACAGCUGGGUAAGCCCAUAAUUGAUGAGGUACUAAGCGCCGGCGAUGUGCUAUAUUUUCCCAGAGGCACCGUUCACCAGGCCAUCACCGAGGAGCAACAGCACUCUCUGCACAUUACCUUGAGUGUGUACCAACAGCAGGCAUAUGCCAAUCUCCUAGAGACACUAAUGCCCAUGGUUCUCAAGAAGGCCGUCGAUCGGAGUGUGGCCUUGCGUCGCGGCUUGCCGCUGCACACAUUUCAAGUUUUGGGCAAUGCCUACAAGGCAAAUGACUGCGGGUCGCGCCAACUGCUGGUGGAGAAUGUGCAGAAGCUGGUGACCAAAUACUUGAUGCCCUCCGAAGAUGAUAUUGAUGAGGCCGUCGACCAGAUGGCCAAGAAGUUCCAGCACGAGGCACUUCCGCCGAUCGUAUUGCCCUCGGAGGAGGUCCGCACUGUUCAUGGGGCCCGCAGUGGCGCCGAUGAUCAGGGCAACUGCGUCUGCGAUUACAAAUUCAAUGAAAAGACAUCCGUGCGUCUGCUGCGCGCCAACAUUCUGCGUCUGGUCACGGAGCCCGAUGGCAACGUGCGUAUCUACCACCAUGCGGACAAUGGACUGGAUUACUGCAAGUACGAGCCCUAUUUCAUGGAGAUUCUGCCAGAGGAAGCUAAAGCCGUUGAACUCCUCAUAUCGGCCUAUCCAUAUUACCUCACCAUUGACCAGUUGCCAUUGAAGUCUUCGGCUCGCAAGGUGGAGGUCGCCACCGCCCUGUGGGAGCAUGGUCUUCUUAUGACCGAGAAGCCGUUUAAGUAGACGGCAAUCGAAGGCGAGGUGCUGUUGAUAAUUCGAAUUUAGUAUCGAUGCGAAUGUGUGCCUAAAAACCACCGUAAAUUAUUA